AUGAAGAAUGAAGUGCGAACUACUGUGAUAGUAUCGGUAGUAAUGAUCGGAGUAUUAGCUGUGGCUGGAAUUAUCGGUUAUAUGAUAAUGAAACGUCGAAGAAAGAGAAUGGAAGAAAUAGAAACGGCACAAGGAUAUGAAGCAUUGCAGAAAUAUCUUGAAACGCGUGUUGAAAUUGAUCAAGAGACAGCGGAUGUAAACAUGAGCCCUAAAUUGAGCCAAAAGCUAAUGUCGACAAGGUCACGUCACCGAAAAGAACGUAGCAGUCUACCUUUAAAUUCGAGAAGAAUUCGAUUCAAUAAAUUCCAAGGUUCGGGACAACAAAGCACUAAUACUCAUAUCAAUGAUAUAGUAGAAAUUUUUCAUGCAAAAUUGAUUGUUUCAACAAUAUCAGCAACUUCCGAUACUAUUGAUGCGACAUGCCAUUUACUGAUAGCUUACUUCGGGUAA